AUGAGCGAUUCCUUUUGCCACAGGGGCAUGACGUCGCCGUGGCGCGAGGUUGACAGGAGAAAGACGCCGGGACCUCCCUUGGACUCGAACCACGAUGAGCAACAACGCCCUCACUCCAAAACACACCCCUUGACCACCCCGCAGCUACUUCCGAUGUUCUCCGCUUGGCCCUUGAUCGACCCCAUAACACUCGUCGAGCUCCGCAUGCGCCAAUACUCGGGCGCCAUCCGCGCCAAGCCUCGCUGGUGGGAGAAGAUCAACGAUCCAGCUAUCGCCGCCAAGUACCGCGAGGAGAUCGUCGCGGACGACCUCGCAAAGGUCGAGCACUUCUGGGGCGGGGAGCGUCGCAGACAGCAGUACCUUUGGCCAUGCGACUCGCUGUCCGAAGAACAGCUCGCCUACAUCUUCGACGAGCUGAAGUAUGAGGCUGCAGUGCGCGAUCCGAACACGGGAAUGUUUGCAAGUGGCGCUUCUUGCGUGCCGAAGGUGUACGAGUCCCAGUCCCACAUCGACCCAAUCCUCAAGGAGCAGCUCGUGCAUGCCGUCUCUGUACUGGAAGACGUCCCUGACGACGAGAAAGACUGGCACCCGAACACCGAUCGGCAGGUUCUCGACCUUGUCCAUCCCUCCCUCUACUGUCUCUGCAUCGGCCGCUCGUUGUUCCGCCCACCCUCCCAGGACGGCAAGGACGAUUCUCUUGGGAUCCUUUCUCAACAGGACUACGUCACCAAACGGUGGGACAUAGGGAGCUUCGAGAGCGAAGCGUCGCCCGCCUACCAGUGGCUCCCCACCGACUUCAAGGUCACCGAGACCGGGGCCGUCUCCGCACUCGGCUACAUCAACAACUUGCACCCUAUCCGGCACCGGCCCCUCUAUAAUGCACUCGAGCGCAUCCUGGCGCGCUUUGUACCCCUCUUCGACCGCGUGCUCGAGGACACGGUAUCGUCUGACCGGCCACUGCCAUUCUCUGCAUUGAAUCUCGAAAACUUCGUACAUCUCUGGUACCGUGACGUCCCGGAACCGCCGCAACCAGAUCCUUCCGAGAUCAAGGACGUGGACGCGUUGUACGAAGCCGAGAGCGAAUGGGAGAGGCUGCACAUGUGGCCGACUGUGCCCGAGCCGCCGCCAUUCGCCCCGCCCCCGCACGACGACCGCGUCUCCUUCACCCUCCGGGGCCGCACGGUGCAAGUCAUCGUCAAGCUCGCGAACAUCCAUCUCACCCCCGAGCGACCGACGUACCCGGGCGGCUCGUGGCACGUCGAGGGGAUGCUCAACGAGCGGAUCGUCGCCACCGGGCUCUACUACCACUCCGUCGAGAACAUCACCGAGAGCCGGCUCGCGUUCCGGCAGCACAUCGGCGGGGACGGCGACCGCGGCAUGAUCCCGCACCAGCAGUGGGACAACAGGGGGUUCCUCGCCGUGUUCGGGUUCGGGCGCGACUCGGCGCUGAACCAGCGGAUCGGCAGCGUCGUCGCGGCGGAGGACAAGUGCGUCGUGUUCCCCAACGUCUACCAGCACCGGGUCGAGGCCUUCGAGCUCGCGGACAGGACGCGGCCCGGGCACCGGAAGAUCGUCGCGCUGUUCCUCGUGGACCCCAUCGACGCGAUCCACUCGACGAGCGACGUGCCGCCGCAGCAGGCGGAGUGGGCGCUGGAUGCGCUGGAGGAUGCGUCGCUGACGCAGAGGCUGCCUCGAGAGCUGAUAGACACGCUUGGAGAGCACGUGAAGGGCUCCAGCGGACUGAUGUCGAGGGAGGAGGCGGAGGAGCAUCGGUUGAAGCUCAUGCACGAGAGGUCGGUCUUAGCUGAGGGACACAACCAGGAGACUUUCGAGGCGCUUUUCAAUAUGUGCGAGCACUAG